GUUCGGCUCUCCCGCGACUUAGUAUCUGACCGCGUGUGCACGGUGGCAUCUCGUCGCGACGCUCGGCCGGGCGUUCCCGAUAUAUACACAUCGCGGCUGGUAGAGUGUCGCGUCGCGGGGCCGACUUGCCGAACCGCGCGUUGUCCGAUCUUGUGACGGAUGUGACAGGCCGGAAACAUGGCUGACGAGCAUAUUGCGAAGCCGAGGCGAAAACGGCUCGACGACCUUUCUGGGUCAAGGUCGGAGAGGUCGGAGAGACCGAAGGAGCCGACCAGGCCGCCGCGAACGAGGGCGCAGGCCGCGUAUGCGACAGCGACGACGCACAAUUCCGAUCACAAAAAUGCCGCGCAGCGCAACACGUUUGGAAUGGAUAUGCAGCGUAGACAACAGACCAAGAAGGCCCCGAUGACGACUCUCGACGAGAACGUGAACCGUAUACCAGGCCAACGUAAGACAAUCGAAGAUAUGGAACAUUUAAGAAGAAACGAACGGAUAGAGAGGAUCGAACCGAUGAACGCGCAAAUCGAGGACGCGUUAGUGGACGAUGGGCGGCCUGUCCAAGUGGUACUUGCCCAUCCAGAUCAUACCUUCGAAUUAGAUGAAGAUGCAUUGUCCGAAAUUCUUCUACAUGACGACGUUAAAGAUAGAAGUGUGGUUGUCGUGUCUGUUGCAGGUGCCUUCAGGAAAGGCAAAAGUUUCCUCCUUGACUUCUUUCUCCGUUACAUGAACAAUAAGUACACGUUGCACAGUAACACGGACACUUGGUUGGGCGCCGAGGAUGAGCCGUUGAGCGGUUUCUCGUGGAGAGGCGGUUCCGAAAGGGACACCACCGGUAUAUUGAUGUGGUCGAAGGUUUAUCCUGCCACUCUGGCAAAUGGCGAGAAAGUCGCUGUAAUUCUUAUGGACACUCAAGGCGCCUUCGAUAGCCAGUCGACCGUUCGGGACUGCGCGACAGUGUUCGCGUUAAGUACCAUGUUAUCGUCCGUACAGAUAUACAAUUUGUCACAAAACAUCCAGGAGGACGAUCUCCAGCAUCUGCAAUUAUUCACCGAGUACGGUAGAUUGGCGCUGGAAAGCUCCGACAGUACACCGUUUCAGAGACUGCAGUUCUUAAUUAGGGAUUGGGUUUAUCCGUAUGAGGCCGAAUACGGCGCGGAUGGCGGGCGGAAGUUGCUCAGUAAGAGGCUGGAGAUCUCUGACAAGCAGCACGCGGAAUUGCAGAGUCUGCGUAAGCACAUCAAGUCCUGCUUUUCGGAUAUAUCGUGUUUCCUCAUGCCGCAUCCCGGUCUCGAGAUCGCGACGAAUCCGAAAUUUGACGGUAGAUUGUCUGAGAUACAGACUGAGUUCAAGAGGCAGUUGAACGUACUCAUACCAAUGAUAUUGGCACCGGAAAAUCUGGUAACAAAGAAGAUUAACGGCCAAGUCGUGAAAGCACGGGAUUUAUUGGAAUAUUUCAAGAGUUAUAUGAAGAUCUAUAAAGGAGAUGAGCUUCCUGAACCGAAAAGCAUGCUUGUGGCCACAGCAGAAGCAAACAACUUGACGGCUGUAGCCGAAGCUAAAGAUUUAUACCUUCAGAUGAUGGAAAAUAUAUGUGGUGGAGCAAAGCCAUUUUUGGCGACCGCACACUUAGAAUCUGAACAUAAACACUGCGUAGACUCGGCUCUUCGUCAAUUUCAGAAUAAACGAAAGAUGGGCGGAGAAGAGUUCAGUCAAAUAUAUAUGGAAAAAUUAAUCAAGGAUAUGGAUGACGCUUUUGCGCAAUUCAAGGCGCACAACGAGAGCAAAAAUAUCUUCAAAGCAGCGCGAACUCCGGCAGUGUUUUUCGCGAUCGCCGUCACGAUGUAUAUUUCAUCUGGAAUAUUUGGUCUCGUCGGUCUGUACACAAUAGCGAAUAUAUGCAACCUUAUUAUGGGUAUCGGCCUCCUUACACUUGUCCUUUGGGCAUAUAUCAGGUAUAGCGGUGAAUUCAGGGAAGUCGGCACGCAGAUAGAUGAUUUAGCCAGUACUAUAUGGGAAAAUUGUACUAGUGAAAAACAAUAUUUGCGAAAGCUGAGUGUUAACAGGAGCAAAUAUCUUGUUCAGUUAAUGAAGCCAGUCUACCAACAAUUUGUGGAGAAGUCAGUAUCUGUAGCAGUGACGCAGGCUGCUGAAAUGGCUACAAAUUCAACAUUGAACGCCACUGUCACUGCCAAUGGCAAACCUAAAUUAUUAUAAUAUUCAUUCCCAAGUUAUUCGAAUUUUGUCUAACUGGAUCGAAGCAUUGUAUCUUUAUGUUAACAUCAUUAAGUGGCAUAAUCAGACUUUAUGAUACAUUGUCCUCUGACGUACCGCCAUGAAUAGUUUCUUCUUUGUUCGAAUUAAACUACAGAUUAUAGCUUGAACGUACUAAUUUGGAGUGACUGUGAAUGUAUACGCGAUAUAAUUAUAAAAGAGAUGAAAAUUGUGAUUGUUA